CACGAUUUGGAGAAAGCUCGGAGUUUGAUCCGUGUACAAAAUUUCGAUUUGCGUUUGAAAUUUCAUUGCAGAUCCGGGCAGAUUCACGUUUUGUCCCAUACUAACCAAUCACAGAAAGGCUAAUGUCAUGUUUUAACAUUCUUGUAAACUACCCAUUGAGGAACAAGGCUUUCUCCCAUCCUUCAUUAGCAUUGCUGACGCCAUCAGGCUAUAAAAAGCGAGCUCUGAGCCCACUUCUUCUUGUUCAAUAUUGAAUAUGGACUGUCGCAAUUGUAGAGGAAAGGAAAGGACAAGUUGCCAAGAAGGGCGCUAAGAAAGUGGUGAAGAGGGCGCCAGCGAAAAGCGGCAAGAAGAGGAGAAGGUCCAGGAAAGAAAGUUAUUCUAUCUACAUCUACAAAGUGAUGAAGCAGGUUCACCCCGACACCGGCAUCUUCUCCAAGGCCAUGAGCAUCAUGAACUCAUUCGUCAACGAUAUUUUCGAGCGCAUCGCGGGGGAGGCUUCCCGCCUGGCCCAUUACAACAAGUGCAGCACCAUCAGUUCCCGGGAGAUCCAGACCGCCGUGCGGCUGCUGCUGCCCGGGGAGCUGGCCAAGCACGCCGUGUCGGAGGGUACAAAGGCGGUGACCAAGUACACCAGCUCCAAAUCUCCUCGCGGGUUUUGUCAGGUUGUUGAGGCUUUUUGCUGUCGGGGAGAUACUUUCAAAAUGAGCCGAGAUAAAACCAGAACAGCUGCCGGACUGACAUAGUAAAUGUGGAGCUUUUGCUGAACUCUGAUCGAGUGCAAUAAGGGAGGGCCGCUUUUAAAUAUUCUCGAAAAACGGUGUCCGCAAUUAAGGCGCUCACCUGGAAGAACGUUAUCGAAUGUUUUAUCAACUUAUCGGGUGUUUUUGAAAUGCGAAAUAAAUUAGUUGCA